AUGGCUGAUGCAAGAAAUAUUAAUGAUGAUAAUGAUGAUAACAAUGAUGCGGCUAGACAAGAAGCAUUGGAGAACAAAGUUACGGAAGUAGCGGAAGGGGUUAUGCAAGCCAAUCUCCCACGAUUGGCCCAAGAAGUAGAAAGCCGAGUUCUGGGGGUUGUGGAUGCUAUGAUGACCAGCAGGUUCGAAGAACUGAAAGAAUUAAUCGAAGGGUCCAAGGGUAGAGGUACGGAACGAAGGUGCACCUAUAAGGAUUUUAUGGCAUGCCAUCCGACGACGUAUGACGGUAAAAUAGAUCCCGUUGAAUGUCAAAGAUGGGUCUCGAAUAUAGAGGCGGUGUUUAUACGAAGUCGGUGCGAUAAGGAGGACCAAGUGAUGUUCGCUACCGGUUUACUAACCCAUCAGGCGAAAGAUUGGUGGGAUGCUCACAGCAAGGAAGUAGGCGAAGAUAGACUGCAAGUUAUGACUUGGCAAGAGUUCAAGGGGCCCUUCAUGAAAUAUCAUUGCCCUCAGUCGGCUAUCGACAAGAUUCAGGAGGAUUUCUUACGCCUCCGACAGAAAAACGAAUCAGUAAAUGAAAUAGCAAACACUUUUAUGGACAAGAUGAAAUUCUGUGGGGAUUUGGUAACCACCGAAAGGAUGAAAAUAAAUCGUUUCUAUGGCGUGCUAAAGGCAGAAAUUAGAGAGUUCAUCACCCCCUCGAAAUGUGAAACCCUCGAGGAACUCAUUAACUUAGCACGGGAUAGAGAGAUCGAGAUUAAAAGGCAAGAAGAGCGAGGUGAAAAGAGACCGAGUGAAAAAGGUGCAAGUUUUAGUCCAUCUAAAAAGGGGAAGUUUCAGGAUCAAGGAAGAAAGGGUAAGUCGAAAGGUGGAAUUACACCAUGCAAGACGUGUGGGAAGCUCCAUACCGGAGAGUGUUUGUUAGGCAAAAAGGGGUGCUUCAAAUGCGGUAAGGAGGGGCAUUCGUCUUAUCAAUGCCCGAACAACCCAAAGACUUGUUUCAACUGUUUCGAAAGGGGGCAUAUCAAGUCUGAAUGCCCAAAGCUUCAACAAGAGUCAAAGAAAGAGGAUAAGAAGCAAGAGGGUUCUAAGGCGAAGGGGAGAAUGUUUCAAAUCACAUCAGAAGAAGCCAAAUCCCAGCCGAAUGUGGUUUCAGGUAUCUUUCUAAUAAACUCAAUACCGGUUUAUGUCUUGUUUGAUACCGGGGCCACUAUGUCGUUUAUCUCUAGUGAAAUCGUACAACAUCCUUCCUUUAAGAUUGAACGAAUGUCGAUGCCCUUAGAAGUAGAGAUAGCAGAUAGCAAAAAUUAUUUGUUGCACGAAAUAUGUAAAAAUUGUAAAUUAACCAUUGAGGAUGAGGAGUUUGCUAUUGAUCUUAUACCCAUGAUCUUGGGGGAAUUCAAAGUAAUAGUGGGUAUGGAUUGGAUGUCUCAAAACCACGCGGAGAUAAAAUGUGAAACCAAAACAAUACUUCUCCAAACUCCAAGUGGAAGACGAUUAAAUGUACAAGGCGAAAGAAAGAUGGAAGCGAAGUUAUGUACUCUCGUUCAAGCUACUAAGUAUGUGCUCAAUGGGAGUAGAGCAUAUUUAGCUUACGUGGUAAAUACUCAACAAGGCUCCCCGAAGCUUGAAGAUGUUGAGAUUGUGAACGAAUUUCCGGAUGUAUUCCCGGAGGAAUUGCCGGGACUCCCUCCCGAGCGAGAAGUAGAAUUUAAUAUCGAAUUGAAUCCGGGUGCGAAACCGGUCGCGAAGGCUCCCUAUAGAUUAGCUCCCACGGAAAUGCGGGAAUUAAUGACACAAUUACAAGACCUCCUAGACAAGGGCUUCAUACGCCCAAAUGAUAUUCUGGUUUAUUCACGAAGCAAAGACGAACAUGCAGUGCACUUGCGUGAAGUACUUGAAGUUCUCCGUAAUGAGAAACUCUACGCAAAAUUCUCAAAAUGCGCCUUUUGGCUCAGGGAAGUGCAGUUUCUGGGGCACGUGAUAAAUUCGGAGGGUGUUUUAGUUGAUCCUUCAAAAAUCGAUGCGGUAAUGAAGUGGGUUUCUCCGAAAAACCCAACAGAGAUAAGAAGUUUUCUGGGUCUUGCGGGGUACUAUAGAAGGUUCAUAUAG